GUAGAAUAUCACAAGUACUUAACUUAUAUAAGAAUUAUUAAGAUAUCUGUUGCUGCGUUUGUGUGUUGCGUCAUACUAUUUAGAGAUAACAAGAUGGAUGACAUUGAAGCUAAAAGAAUCGGUAUUGCAGAAUAUAUGACACAGUACAGAAAACGUAAAAAAAUAAAAGUAUUAAAUAAUGAACCUGAAGUUCCCAAAAAGAAUACCAAAAACUAAUGCUGAACAUAUGAGGGAAUAUAGAAAUCGCAAGAAGCAAUUAUUGCAAGUUAAUGCUUCCACAUCAUUAGCAAGUACAAGCAUUCCUACAAGAAUCAGACAACCAAGGUGUAAAUACAUAAUUGAACCCAGCUUUGUGCCAUGUGAAAAUCUGAUAGUUGGACGACUCUCCUUUCAUGGAAUGAAUCCGGAAAUAGAAAGAAUUUUAGAGUUGGAACUUCAAGCUGAUCAUGCAGAAGUUGUUAAUGAAAAAGAUGUUUCUGAUUUUGAAAUGGCAAGUCGAUAUAACAUACUGGUAGGGACAGUUAGUCGCAAAUUCAACUCCAAGAGAGAUCGUGGGAACCUACAAGAAUGUGACACUGAACAAAGGAUAAAGAAAGUGAAAUUUAUGAAACCAGAUUGUGAUUAAUAAAAAAACUUGGUUUUCGUAUUGUUUUUCUAUUAUCCAUUUAAUAUAAUGCUAACAUAUGGAAUUCUUAUUGUAUGUGACUGGUUCUCUUCUUCGUCUGCAGUUUUAAGGAAAGGAAGUGUUACUUUUAAUAAAGAAUGUAAUUUGGUACAUUGUAACUGUCAAUAUUAAAACCUUGCUCAAUUUAGAUAAGACACCGACUCUUGUGCAUUUAACAUCCAGUGUGGUAUUACAUAAAGUAUGGUUUUAUAAAGUGUGACCUUUUAUGCUUUAUAACAAACCAUCGUCUUAUGAAUUUAUUUGUUUGCCACUGAUGAUGACGACCUCUUGAGGUUCAAAUGUGUUUGGCACUAAGUGUCUUUUCAAAGUGUAAACACUUUUGUUUGCAUGCAUGAUUUUAUAUAUUAUACCUGUCAUAUUUUCAUUAGCUUGCUGGGACUGUGGUAGAAACAUUUGUAGAAAAGACAUGUUUUACAUUUAAAUAAACUUUCAUAUGUUAUGUUAUUGAA